UCACAUAUUUCAGAUGCUCAGGUCUCAUUGAGAUUUCUAUCAAUCGGUAUUGUGUGCUACCGUGUCAGAAAAAUAUUAGUUAUUCGAAAUCCCCAACAGCAGCAGAACGUUUCGAUCGAAAUUUCAGUAAGAACAGCUUUAAAAUAUUCAAAAUGAAUCCAUUUAGGCCAAAUCCAGGUCAGAGUUUUCGCAUUCGCUUGAAUAUGGAUCGCGUGCCGGGCGAAGAAGAGCGCAAUAUACAGCCAUCGACUGAUGAACGUCGAAUCACCCAAAUUCCACCGAUUCAAUUGCGCAUCGAUCAUCAGCGGGAUGUGAAUCGUUUCAUGAUCAAUAUGCGUGUAAUGCUACAUCGACGGAGGACGGAAUUAAAUAUGGGAGGCGGCGAUAGUAUCGGCGUGUGGAACUGGAGGGAGCCUCCGAUGCCAAGCGGUUUGAUUGGCGAGGGCGAUUGUGAUGGCGGUGGCUAUGGUAAUUACGCUGGUGACUAUCAUCCACCAUUGCGGGGACUGCCACCAAACCCCUAGGAUCUGUACCUUCUCUUACCACACUUGCCAUCACUGUCUUUUGCCUCUCCCCUUCCUGUGCGUGUGUGAUGUCCUUUUUUUCAUUUCUGAGCGUCGUCCGCAAAAAAGAAGAAAAAUGUCAUCAUCAGCUAAAAGGCCCGAAACCCCAAACACAAUCCACUACCACUUCCAUUCUCAUUGCCACCUGAACCAGUAACCCUUGGAGAAGAACGGACCCUGUUCGGACGCAUGUUGUUCUAUUAUUAUAUCCCCGUUGAGUUCUGGGUUGAUGAUUUUUCCAUCUCCCCAAGAAAAUUGAUGGGCUUUGGAAUUGGAGGACAUGCCGAGCCCCGGACGCAUAUAAUAAUUUCCUGUUCAAUGAGCAAUUAUCGUAAUAAAGAUACAAUUCCGCUACUCU